GGUACCAGACUUCAGCGAGAACUCCGAGGAUACUUAGCAGCAAUCAAAGGCAUGCAGGAGGCAUCGAUGAAGCUCACCGAGUCGCUGCACGAAGUCUAUGAGCCGGAUUGGUACGGGCGGGAAGACGUGAAGAUGGUCGGUGAGAAAUGUGAUGUUCUGUGGGAAGACUUCCAUCAAAAACUAGUGGAUGGGUCGUUGCUGACUCUGGACACCUACCUGGGCCAAUUUCCUGAUAUAAAGAAUCGCAUCGCAAAACGCAGCAGGAAGCUGGUGGAUUACGACAGCGCCCGCCACCACCUGGAAGCGCUGCAGAGCUCCAAGAGGAAGGACGAGGGUCGGAUCUCUAAGGCUGAAGAGGAAUUUCAGAAAGCACAGAAAGUGUUUGAAGAGUUUAAUGUUGACUUACAAGAAGAGUUACCAUCGUUAUGGUCGAGACGAGUUGGAUUUUAUGUCAAUACUUUCAAAAACGUCUCCAGCCUUGAGGCCAAGUUUCAUAAGGAAAUUGCAGUGCUCUGCCACAAGCUGUUUGAAGUGAUGACGAAGCUGGGUGACCAACACGCCGACAAGGCCUUCACCAUCCAAGGGGCUCCCAGCGAUUCGGGUCCUCUGCGCAUUGCAAAGACGCCAUCCCCACCCGAGGAGCCUUCACCCCUCCCGAGCCCGACAGCAAGUCCGAACCAUGUGCUAGCACCUGCGUCUCCUGCACCUGUGCGGCCCAGGUCACCUUCGCAGACGAGGAAAGGGCCCCCUGUCCCACCUCUGCCUAAAGUCACCCCAACGAAGGACUUGCAGCAGGAGAACAUCAUCAGUUUCUUUGAGGACAACUUUGUUCCGGAAAUCAGUGUGACGACACCUUCCCAGAAUGAAGUUCCUGAGGUGAAGAAGGAGGAGACUCUGCUGGAUCUGGACUUUGACCCUUUCAAGCCUGAGGUGGCCCCUGUGGGUUCUGCCGGAGUGACCCACUCACCCAUGUCUCAGACAAGCACUGAUUUGGUACAGCCGGUUUCUGGUGGUUCAUUUAAUGGAUUCACCCAGGACACUUCAUUAUUCACAGUACAGACAGACCAGAGCUUCAUCUGCAGCCUGGCCGAGUCUGACCAGGCUGCACCCCCAGAGCCGAAAGCAGAGGAGGCCCCUGCCGCUGCCACCCCUGCUGCUGGGCUGGACCUCGGACUGGACACUCGGGCCGAGGAGCCAGGGGAGGAGGCAGAGGUGAGCACCACCUACCUCACGGCCACAGCCCUGCUCAUCUCAUGA